AUGGCUCCCAUUUUGAAAAAGAAGAAGAAAAUCGUUAAGAAGUUGCCGAAAAACACUUUGGACGAGGAGAAAGAGGUGAAAAUAGAAGAAAGUGAGGCUUUUGAGCAAUUUUUCAGUUUGAAAUGACUCAAAGUCGUUUUUCAGAAGUUGUGGAGCCUAAUAUCGAUGAAAUUAACGAAGAAACGUCUGAAAUUAAAGGAGAAAUUGACGAUGAAGACGAGACGGAAGAAUUCGAAAAUCCGGAGGAAAAACAGAGAAAAACAGGGGUAAUUUCAAAAGAAAAAUCGUUCAAUUUCUAUUUUCAAUUAAUUCCAGGUCAUUUACUUCUCGAUGAUUCCGCCAAAGUACAACGUGGUCCGCAUGCGCGAAUACUUUGAAAAACUGUGUCCCGGACAAGUCGGACGCAUUUUUCUCGCGGUAAUUGGGAUGGUUUCAGGAUUUUUCUGGUAUUUUCGAAUUUUUAGAAGAACAAGCACACAAAAAACCCGCAGAAUCGAUACGCGGAAGGGUGGAUGGAGUUGAAAAAGAAGAAAUUGGCAAAGGCGAUCGCCGAGCAGAUUGAUAACACGAAGAUCGGAGGGAAAAACAAGGACGCCGUCUCGAGCAUGCUCUGGAAUAUUCGCUACUUGUCCGGGUGGGUUCUCUAAGCUGAAAAACCUGAAAUUCUAGUAUUUUUGGCAAAAAUCGAUUCAACUUUAUCAAUUCUUGUUAAGAACGACUUUUUGCUAACCCCCCUCUUUUUUUGACAAAACAUGAACACUUGAAUCUCGCAGCUAGAUCAUACCUUAUUUUCAGAUUCAAAUGGGUGCACCUGGUGGAGCAGUUACAGUACGAAAAAGAGGUCGAGAAGCGGAGGAUGAACGUGGAAGUGGCACAGGCGCGACGAAUCGCCGCUCACUUUGAGGAGCAAAUCGAAAAAGGACGGCAUCUGAAGAAGUUGGAGGCAAAAGUAAAGGCGGCCGGCGGAAAAUGGGACGCCUUCCAACGAGACGUCGAGCAGAAAAAGUCGCUGAAAAAGACGAAAAAGGAGCGUUCGAAGCACGUGAACACGGAGAGCAGCGAGCUCAUGAACCUGAUCUUCCGAUAG